CACUCUCGCCCCUUUGGCUGUCACGGCGCCGUUCGUCCUGUCAAACUCCGAGCAAAAAAGGGUUGAGCGGGGGGGCCCGUGCGUGCGCGAGAGUGCUGCGGAGCGAGGGUCGCGUGCGGGGCGGGGCCGGUUUUUUUUUACCCGAAUCUCCGUCGCCGAGAGGAGGAUGAAUUAAUUGGAUCUGCUCGCGUACUCCGAUAUAUCGUGUUAGAAUCUGGAAUUUACUCGCCGAUACCCCACACGCGCCGAUCCUUCCCCUCUCCCCCCCGUGCAAGUCGAUCAGCUCCGUGGACAGCCGCCGAGGGAGAGACAACCAUGGAGGACGAUCUGCCGACCGAAUACGACGUGGUCGUCGUAGGAACAGGUAUGACCGAGUCCAUCGUCGCCGCGGCGGCAAGCAGGAUCGGCAAGAGGGUUCUGCAUCUGGACAGCAACGAAUAUUAUGGAGGGCUGUGGGCUACAUUUAAUUUUGACGGCUUGCAAAAAUGGAUAGAAGAUUUAAAAACGGUCCGAUCGAAAAACAAAAGUAACACUAGGAAUACGAAUGUCGAUUUGAAGACGAAUGAAAAGUUUUUGAAGGCUAGUGACCAAUAUUCCACAGUCGAGAACAUUGGAGAAAUCUGGUAUAUCUCCAACGAAGCGGAUCUGCCUGAUGUUUCCUCGAAGGACACCCAGACCGAGGGUUCCGGGGACAGUGCAGCCGCGGCCGAGGGUGCGGAAAAGACUGAUCAGGACAAGGCUGACAAGAAGGAGAAUGUGAAACAAUGGAGCAUUGACCGUAUCAAGAAGGAGUACAGAAGAUUUAACAUCGAUCUGGCGCCUAAACUGUUAUUCGCCCGUGGUGAAUUAGUAGAACUAUUGAUUUCCAGCAACAUUGCGCGUUACGCCGAAUUCCGUGCGGUCUCUAGGGUCGCCACUUUUAUGGACGGUAAACUCACGCAAGUCCCCUGCUCCCGUGCCGAUGUGUUCGCUAAUAAAACGGUUAGCGUCGUCGAGAAACGAAUGUUGAUGCAGCUUCUGACAUCUUGCAUGGAGCAAGGUGCCGACAGUCCAGAGUUCGAUGGUUUCCGUGAUAAAACGUUCUUAGAAUAUCUUAAUACGAAAAAUCUUACGCCUAUAGUACAGCAUUACGUUAUGCAAGCUAUCGCAAUGGCAACGGACAGAACGUCGUGUAGAGACGGCGUUGAUCGUACGAAGCAUUUCCUCAAUAGCCUUGGACGUUACGGAAAUACGCCCUUCUUGUGGCCUAUGUACGGAAGCGGAGAACUGCCUCAAUGUUUCUGCAGACUGUGUGCAGUCUUUGGUGGAAUUUAUUGCUUAAAGAGACAAUUAGACGGCGUGGUAGUUAACGAGGAUAAAUGCAAGGCCAUUAUCAGUGGGAGACAGAGAUUGGCUUUGGAGCAUUUAGUCGUAGGGCAAGGCCACUUGCCGCCGGAAAUCGUAGCCUCUGAGGGAGAGAAUCAAAUAUCACGCGGAAUUUUCAUUACUGACAGGUCAAUUAUGCAAGGGGAAAAAGAAAGUCUAACGCUUUUGUAUUAUCCGCCGGAGAAAUCAGACCAAGAAGCCGUUACUCUAAUCGAAUUGGGACCAUCUACUAAUGCCUGCCCUCAAGGAUUGUUCAUAGUUCAUAUGACAUGCAAACGUACUAAGAAUGCAAAAGAGGAUCUGGCAUAUGUUGUGAAUAAGUUCCUGAGAGCAGAACCACUUGACCCCAAUACUGUACGCAGUUCUUCUGAUUCUCACACCCAAACAGUUUCUCCUGAUAAACGACAUCUUCAGGAUGAUCGACACAAGAAAGAAGAAACUGAGUAUCCAGUACCCCAAGUAUUAUGGUCCUUGUAUCUCAAUUUACCCGCGAGCGACAUUAAACUAAGCGAUUCUGCACCGAGUAACAUACAUCUUUGUUCUGGUCCUGAUCUUGAGCUUGACUUCGAUUUCGCUGUGAAUCAGGCUAAGAAUAUUUUUAAGUCCAUGUAUCCAGAUGAAGACUUUUUACCGCGCGCGCCCGAUCCAGAGGAAAUUGUUCUAGAAGGCGAUGAGGCGCCAGGCCCGAAAUUCGAGGGUGGUGAUAUGGCGGAGGGUGAGGAGAAGCAAGACAUCGAGAAGACCGAAAAAGAGGAAUAAUGAAAAACUAUCGAAUAAUGCUUUUGCGUCUCUAUUGUCGAAAAGCAGAUAAGGCUUUUGCGCCUUUAGUGUCUUUUAUCUUCAUCAUUAUUGCAUUUCCUUAUAAACGUAUUCGAAAAAAAAAGAAAAAAAAAUAACGAGCAUGAGAUACAGAUUACGAGGCAGUAGUAACGAGAAGCUUCACGGCGUUAACGGUGUUAUUUUUUUAAUUGUUCGUACACUUUUACACGUUGCUUUUCGUCCAUUCAGAAUAUUUUCGUCGUCGAAUCGCUUAUUACCGAUUCAUCUCUCACCUAUACAAAUACAGUGCUUUUGCAUUUUACGCAUAAAAAAAGUGAGCUUUGGCAAGGAAGACACAGACUCGUUAGAGGAGCACAAGCGCGUUUACAAGAUGGUGAAACAAAAUUUACGAAAUUGUAUUACUGGGUUGAUAUCUUAUACUGCGAUUUACAUGUUAUAUAUUUAUAUAAUAUAUAUAUAUGUAUUUUUUUAUUUAAUAAUUUUUUCUGUGUAAUUAAACGGCGAGAAUAAAGAAAAUGCAGGUGCAUUCUGAAAUCCAUUUUAGGGUUAGACAGUGUAGCGCUCGUAAUCACUAGACUCAAAACACAUACCUUAUACACCAUAUAACAAUACCAGCAGAGAUAAUAAGAAUGGAAGGACAUAUUGUAACGUCACGCUUUGAUACUUCAGUAGAUAUUGACAGCAUUGCAUACCGCAAUUUACUUAUAAAGUAUUGUAUGUGCACGAGCCAUUAGUCAUUUAGAUAGACAUAUUGGGAUUGAUAGUUUGUAUUACAUGCAUUAUACGUAAAUGGAUAUACCUUUAAUGCGCUGUCAUAAUAUAUCUGUAAUAAAAAUGAGAAAAAAAUGCAUAACUUGAUUUAAAUGAAUAAUUGAUUCCGGUAUAAUUGUCUUUAGUGUGUCGUUUUCAAAUAAUUUUUCUUGGUGAUUUUGUACUGUUAUGUUCACAUUUGUCAAAUGAAAGGAGAGACACCGGUUAUUUUGUCGAAUUUUUACGCGAUUGCACUCGUCCAACGUGUUUGUGGCUUAAAUAAAAUAAUUUAAUAAUUUUAA